CUCGGGUGGCGAAUCCCAAUUUUAGCGUCGACGAUGCCUCCCCUUCAACCACAACACCACCCCCCUCCCCCUUCCAAAACCGCCACCCGGCAGAGAUUUAUAAUAAACAGGAAACCAAGGGAGAGACCCAGAGCCUUCCCUAUCUUUCUCCCAAGCUUCAGAUCCCUCAAACAGGGAUCUAUCUAGCUAAGCUCUUUCCUCUCCAGCUUUGCUUCGAUUACCAUCAGAAUAUAUGUAGAUAGCUGUUGAGCAUCAUGGAAGUUUCCUGCCCUUAUUUUGAUCCUGAAUUCGAGAACCUUAAUGAGAAGAUGUAUGGACCAAGGGUUAGUGUAGACAAUGAAUCUUGUGACAAAUGCACAGUUGUGAAGGUGGAUAGUCUCAACAAACAAGAUCUCCUACUUGAAGUGGUUCAAGUGUUGAGUGAUGUGGAUCUUUUUAUUUCCAAGAGUUAUGUAUCUUCUGAUGCAGAAUGGUUCAUGGAUGUCUUUCAUGUGAAAGAUCAGCGAGGUAAUAAGGUUACAGACAAGAAGGUCAUUAGCUACAUACAACAGGCAAUAGGUGCGAGGAGGGAGCUUCAAAACUCAGGAGAGAUGAAAAAGUGCUAUGACAAUGCUGUCGGAACUGAAUCUUGUAGUGAUUGCACAGCCAUAGAGAUGAUUGGUACUAACAGACCAGGACUUUUCUCAGAGAUAUCAGCUGUCCUAGCUGAACAGAGGUGCAAUGUUGUUGAAGCUCAUGCAUGGAGCCACAAUGCUUGUCUUGCAUGCGUAGCUUAUGUUUCCGACGAGUCCACCUCGGCUUGCAUUGAUGACCCCAAUCGACUAGCCACUAUUGAAGACCAGCUCUCCACUAUUCUUCGACCCACCACGAUUGCAGAUGAUAAUCCUAGGGGUGCAAAGACACAUUUUCUUGGAUGUGAUAGCUCGAUGAGUCACACGGAGCGCCGACUACAUCAGCUUAUGUUAGCCAACCGAGAUUUUGAUGGGCCACCGGGGCAAGUAAGCACAUCACUUUCCUCGAUUAGUAUGGACCAUGUUGAAGGGGGGAGAAAGACAGUCGUGUCAAUUGACCGUUGUGCUGAGAAAGGAUAUUCCAUUGUGACUGUUGAGUGUAUGGAUCGACCAAAACUCAUGUUCGACACUGUAUGCACGCUUACAGACAUGCAAUAUGUUAUCUUCCAUGCUUCUAGUGCUUCUCAUGGGCUUUUUGCCUAUCAGGAGUACUAUAUUCGGCACAAGGAUGGAUAUACGCUGGAUACUGAAGAUGAGAGGAGGCUACAAGUUAUCAAAUGCUUGGAGGCUGCAAUCGAGCGUAGAGUAUGUGAGGGGCUCCGGUUAGAGUUAUGUGCUGAAAAUAGUGUUGGAUUGCUCCCGAAUGUCACCCGCAUCCUCCGUGAGUACGGGCUUACCGUUGCCCGGGCGGAUAUUGCGACCGAUGGGGAGAAGAUGAAAAAUGUGUUCUACAUUCAGGAUAUAUCUGGCAACAAAGUUGAUAUGAGGCUCGUGGAGUUGAUGAAGAGAGAGUUGCAGCCGCUGGCAUUUCAGGUAAAGAAUGAAUUGCUGCUGCCACGGAAGUAUACCUCAGUGGAGAGGGAUGGUUUCUCGUUUGUUAGCCUGCUUAGGUCUCAGUUGGAGAGAUUCUCCCACAGCUUCAUCUCAAUACGAUAAAAGGAAAGAGAGGUGUUUGUCUGCCGUUGUAUAUUGUCCAUAUGUCUGAAACUCCAUAGGCUUGUAUAUAUGUGAAAUCUUUCAAUUCAAUCAAGCUUGCGUUCUUGCAUCUA